GCAAUUUUGAUGACUUCAACUUAGAAGAUGCAUUGGAUGAUUUCAGCUUGGAACAUGCUCUUCAGCCUGAUGACCCCAAGCCAGGUCCACCUGCAAAUCCCAGAGACACUGAUAACCCCAAGCAAGGUCCACCUGCACAUCCUAAAGACAGUGGCAACCUUGAUGAUUCAGAUCUAUAUGAUGGCAGUUUACCAAAAGGAGGCGGCGAUGGUAGUGGCAACAAUGAACGAAAGGGCCCAAGUCCAAAUAAUGGUCAAGACGCUGAGGCUUCUCAGGGAGCAAUAGCUGGAAUUGUAAGUGCGGUGGUUGCUACUGUAAUUGGAGCAGUAUCUAGUUUCAUUGCUUACCAGAAGAAGAAACUCUGUUUCAAACAAAGCGCAGAUGAAGAGAAUGUGAAUAUGGAAAGCCAUCGGGGAGCGCAAUCUGAGCCACCUGGUAAGAGAAGAAUCUAG